AUGGCGCCUAAGAAGCCCUCUACCACCGCGGAAGUCGCUCUCGUGCCGUUGAAGAGCUGUCUCGUGAAUUUGCCGCCGUCGCUGGUCGCCUUACUGGUCAAUGCCAACACGGCCGCCCAAAAUGUGAUCAUUGAAUUGCAGUAUAAGGUCCUUUCUGGUCAAGUCAAUGGGGCUCCUCCGCAGCGAUCAUGCUUUUUGGGUUGGACGGGCAUGCCGAGCAAGCGCAAGCCCGCGCCCGUCGUCGGUCGAGACGGCAUUAACGGGGGCUUCUCUAGGGAGCAAGAGGCCUCCAGCGUGGAACUAGAUACUACGUUUGGAAGACUUCUCGGUCUCACAGAAGGGCAGAAGGUCGGACUACUCGUGCACCUUGACCCGCCUAUCGCGCACACAAUUAACAUUGAACCAUUGACUCCCGAGGAUUGGGAAGAUUAUCGAGCUCCACGCCACAUUCCUGGAACUCAAUCUCCUCUCACAGAUACGCGCGCUUCCAAAUCCUACAUACAAUGCGACGGAAGGGGACAUAUGCACCCGCUCGCAUUGCACCUUUCUCCUACUUCUACUGCGAACAUUGUCGUCACUUCGCUUACACCCGCUCCAUCAUCUACAUCUGCGUUUGCGAAGAUCUCCCCCGAUGCCGAGGUCAUCGUGGCACCGAAGACCCGAGCGAAGACAGCAAAGUCGCCCCGGAGUACCGCAGGAGCAGUAGAAAGAGUGCAGGGGGGCGAAGUUCCGGGAGUACGAGGCGUCGAUCGCCUGAUGGCCGAUCAAUUGUUCGACCCGGAAAUCGAAGAAGAUGAAAAUGAUGGUCUACGUGUAUGGGUUGACCCAGAAUUGUUGGCGACUAACGAACUUCGCGGCGCGACUUGGGCGUGUGUUUCAAUUGUGCAGCCCUCAGGCCUGAAGCCUCCUGUCGACCCCCAGCAACAACUUGCACAACAGGAGCAGAAAUCCAACGAGGCUGGGACUCCGACAAGCAAAAUGGUAGCUAAACUGCUGCCGUGGGAAGAAGCCCCGGACAGUCGGCAUGCGGCGAUGUCCACUCUAUUGUGCACGGCCCUGGGCGCGGAACAUAUAGUGGGGGGAAUCGUGCGGGUGGAGGCCGCACCACCCCAAUUACAUCGGUCGGCAGUCAAGACACUCAAAGUAUACCCAUUCACAAGCGAUGCAUCAAAGAAAAAAGAGGGCUUGAAAUUUGGAGCUGAUACGGCGGCCUCACGUGAUGCGUUGAUUGAGCGCCUCAAGGUCAUAUAUGGCAGCACUGGUUCUGAUGUUGGUCUUUUCGCCGGUCCAUUGACCGAUGGAAUGAUUUUGCCUAAGGUUGAGAGUCACCCGUCUGUCUCUGCCUUCGACGGCGCCAUUAUCAAAUUUGAUCCUCCCUUGAAGGGUGGUUCAGAAGAAACCAAAUCAGUGUUUGGAUGGCUUCUGGGAUCUGAAGCUAAACUCAACUUUGAAGUGCAAUCUGAAAUCCCGCCACCCUCUGAUUCGACUUCAUCUGCUCUACCAAGUGAUGAACCUCUACCUGAUACCGUUCCCCAGUUGGUCGGAAUUGAUUCGAUCAUCUCGCAAUCGCUUACUAACUUGACCAAGUCCUCUUCCGUCUUGUUGACUGGUGGUCUUGGGGCUGGAAAGACGGCACUCGCACAGCUUCUGGGUCAUCGCCUGCGAAAAGAACAGCUCUUCAACGUGAAAUACUUUUCCUGCCGCAAGCUUGUUACCGAUGAGACACGAGUUUCCAACAUUAAAGAGGUCUUGAACCGCCUCUUCAUGUCUGCUUCUUGGUGUGCUCGUCUUGGUGAACUACAAGUUGGUGGCGAUAAUGGCCGUAGUCGUCAGAACAGUGAAGUUAUUUGCUCCAUGGUUCGAGAGUUUUGUUCUAUGAACUCUUCCGUCGUGCUACUAGCCACUGCCCAAGCCAAGGAGUCUUUGAACAAUGCCAUAAUUGGCGGUCAUGUUGUUCGCGAGAUCAUCAGCAUCCGAGCUCCUGACAAGGAAGGACGCCGCAAGGUGUUGGAGAAGCUCACUAGCCAGGACAGAGCCACUGAGCGUCUCAAUGGCCAUGUUCGUUCGCAAAGCUCUUCCACACAAAACACACAAGACUCAUGGCUUGACCCCUCAAAUCCUGGCAGCCGACCAAGCUCCUCUGGCGGUGAUGGGUUUGUGUUGAGUCGCGACGUGGACUUCCUCGAGCUUGCUGGAAAGACUGAUGGUUAUAUGCCCGGUGACCUUGUGCUGCUGGUUGCUCGCGCGCGUAACGAAGCACUUAUCCGCUCCGUUCAAGAUCUCACAGCCGAGUCUAAGAUGAUCACCCUUGGGCUCGAAGACUUUGAGAGUGCCCUCAAGGGGUUUACCCCGGCAUCCCUCCGCAAUGUCACUCUCACGUCGUCUACAACAACAUUCUCGGCUAUCGGUGGUCUCUUUGAGACUCGCCAGGUUCUCCUUGAGACCCUGCAGUACCCCACCAAGUAUGCGCCGAUUUUCGCACAGUGCCCGUUGCGACUGCGGUCUGGGCUACUCUUGUAUGGCUUCCCUGGUUGUGGUAAAACGAUGUUGGCCAGUGCUGUAGCAGGCGAGUGUGGUUUGAACUUCAUCAGUGUCAAAGGUCCCGAGAUUCUGAACAAGUACAUCGGUGCUAGUGAAAAGAGCGUUCGCGAUCUUUUCGAAAGAGCGCAGGCGGCCCGCCCUUGUAUUCUCUUCUUCGACGAAUUUGACAGCAUUGCACCAAAGCGUGGUCACGACUCCACUGGUGUCACUGAUCGUGUUGUCAAUCAGCUUUUGACGCAGAUGGAUGGUGCCGAGGGUCUCUCGGGCGUCUAUGUUCUUGCUGCGACAUCCCGUCCCGAUUUGAUCGAUCCCGCUCUGUUGCGUCCUGGCCGUCUUGAUAAGUCCCUGCUUUGUGAUAUGCCUUCGCAUGCAGACCGCGUUGAGAUCAUCAAGGCAGUCAGCGAGAAGCUGAAGAUGAAUGAUGAGGUUGCUUCUCGUCUGAGUGAGGUUGCUGAUCAGACUGAAGGCUUCUCUGGUGCUGACCUUCAAGCCGUCGUGUACAAUGCCCAUCUUGAGGCAGUGCACGACGCGCUGGGCGACCGCACCACCGGGAAUGAAAAACCCGGUGCCAAAUCCAACGUUUCAAAGUCUUCCGCAAGCGCCUCGGACAAAUCCUUCAUCCAGUUCCUCUAUUCUUCCUCAGAGGAAGCAUCCGGCUCAGUCUCGAUGCCACCCCCAGCUGUGAUCGCAGCCAAGCUCGAAGCAAUCAAGACUUCCCGCCGCCGUCAACGCCAGCUCGAGAACGGCUCGGCCAAUACCGGCUCCAGCGCUGCCGCGAAUCCAGCCACCAAUGGUACCGAUCCAUCUGCCGAUGAGUUGCGGGACGAGAUCAUCGUGCGAUGGGAACAUAUUGAGCGUUCACUCGCCAGCACGCGUGCUUCACUCAGUCCAGCCGAGCGCCGUCGCCUCACCGGAAUCUAUCGGGAAUUCGUUGCAGGCCGGAAUGGAGAAAUGCCCAACGGUGAGGCCUCGAAUGAGAUUGGUGGCCGGUCGAGUCUGAUGUGA